GACCACGGAUGUUUUGGAGCAUUCUGGCGCCCCCUACACUUUUUGGGUGUCCCUACAAGAAGCAGAAAGCCGCAGGCGGCGUUGGACUCGAGUCGCUCAGUCGCUGGAAGUUUUCCGCGGGCUCCGAGUUGUUUGUUCUUGUCGCCGCUCUCGACUGGAGCGCGACGACGCCCGAAUGUCCGCGGCGGACAUCUCGUGUUGACCGCUGGCAAAUUGGCGCCCGGACAUGAAGUUGGGCGGAAAAGUCGACGGACCGACGCCAUGGUGAAGUCAGGCACGGACAAGCCGCCUCUGGCCCCCAAACCCAAGCUGGCCCGGCAACAGCCGACGGCGGCGUCUCCCUCGGCGCCCGGAAAAGAAGUCGCGUCGCGGCGGUCUCCCGGCCCCCCGAGGAAGAUGAGACCGCUGCUGGCGCCCAAACCCGACCUCGCCGAGCUCAACUCCAAAGCCGCCUCUUCGAAGGCCCGAGCGACGAACGCGGCCAAAAGCCCGUCGCCCGUGGGCCUCCUUAAGCCCCAAAACGGAGUCGGGAAUGAUGACAAAAAGCCCACCUGGGAUGACGUUCUUCCCAUUUGUCUGCGCAGCCCGAAAAACUACCGCCGCAUCCGCGACGCUCACGUCGACCCGAAGGAGAGCCGCUUUCCGAGCGGCCAUCCGAAGAGAGGCGUAGCCCCUGCAGUAGCCACCGAUGGCCACCUGGCGAGCCCCAAACCUCCCCGAGACCCUUCGCCGUCCUCCGCCGAGAACCUCCGGCAAAACGCAAGUGCCUCCCCUCCGCCGGUGAGAGUCGGACAGCUUGUACUCCGAGGCUCCGGCCGCCAUCGGGCAAAUGAAAACGCCAGCGAGCGUUGCCCGGAGGAAGACGCCGAUGAGGCCGGGCGAAAAAACCCACCGGCGCCCGUCCCGGUUCCGCGGAGACACAAAAACACCUCGCUGGCGUGCCAGGAAAAGGGGGAGGAAAUUCCAGCCCGGGAAGGGAGCAACGGGAAAGGCGGCUCGGCCGGCGGCCAAAGCAGGGCGUGGCCGGCCCCGACGCCCAGGACCAAGCCUCAUCUCGCCCCGGCCGAAAGGGGGUCCGGCCCGGCUCGGCCGGCACUCCGAAGCGAGGCGGACGAAGAAGACCUGGGCUACGACGACCCCGCCGACCCCACGGAACUCUCCGUCGACGAGGAGCCGGCGGGAGGAAGGCGCGACGGCCAGGCCUCCAACAAUGGCGGUUUUCCCUCCGACCGCCACGGAGCCACAACGCCGCCGGCGAACGACAGCGCGACGGCGUGGACGAAGAAGACGGCGACUGCUGAAGUCGGAGAAGCUCUGCCAUCGGCAGCGGGUGUGACUAAUCCUUCCAGCGGCGUGGCGGAGCGGCCCCCGCCUCCGGGGAAGACGGCGAGAAGGCAUGAAAGCGGGCCCGCGCUGCCGCGACGACACAGUUCCUUCUCCGGGAUGGAGCUCCUCCGUCCCGAGGGGAGGAGGAGCUCUUUCAGGAAGUUGCUGGAUCUCAAGCUGUCGGCCGCCGCGCGCCCGAAAGGCUCGCCGACGCCGGCGCCAGAUGAGCGGGACGGACCCCGCCGCCCCCGCGCCGCGCCGCCGCAACGCUUCUCCCCUCCGUUCGGCGCGGAGCAAAGCGUCGACGGAGAAGAGUCGGAAGCCAACUACGAGAACAUUUGCUACUACGAGGAGAUCUCCCAUUACGAGAACUUCUACUUUGCCGGCUCGGACGCUUCCGACGCCACCUGGCAGAGUUUCGACGACGACGACGGCAUUUACGAGGAACCCGAGGUGUAUUUGUCCCCGGAUAAGAAGAGCGACGACGACAGAAGUUCUCUGAGCGAAGAGGCGGACGACGGCAAUUCCGAUGACGACUUGCUCCCGGCUUUUUCCGACGAGGAAGAUGAGAGCUCGCUCUCCAGUAAAGGGGACGCCGAGCAAGCGGAGACGGCGAGCGGCCCCGCCAAGCGCAAGAUCCAUCACAUCGCCACUGAAAUGAUGACCUCGGAGAAAGCGUUCGUCGACGUCCUGAAGCUGCUUCACGUGGACUUCCGCGACGCCGUGGCCAAAGCGUCGCGUGAGAACGGCAAAGCCGUCAUCGAGGAGCGCGCGCUGGAGCGGAUCCUCUACUACCUGCCGCAACUCUACGAACUUAACCGGGACCUGCUGCAGGAGCUGAGCAAUCGACUGGACAAAUGGGAUGAAAAUCAGCAGGUGGCCGACAUCUUCCUGAAGGUGGGCCCCUACCUGAAGAUGUACUCCACGUACAUCCGCGAGUUUGACAAGAAUGUGGCGCUGCUGGAAGAGCACAGCAGGAAGAAUGCGCCCUUCGCCGCCGUGGUGCGACAAUUCGAGGCCGGUCCGCGUUGCGCCAACUUGGCGCUGAAGCACUACCUCCUCAAGCCCGUUCAAAGGAUUCCUCAGUAUCGACUCCUGCUCAGAGACUACUUGAGGAACCUGUCCAAAGACUCGGCGGAUUACAAGGACACGCAGGACGCUCUGGCAAUUGUGGAGGAGGUGGCCGAGCACGCCAACGACAUCAUGAAGCAAGGGGACAACUUCCAGAAGCUGAUGCAGGUGCAGGGCAGCCUGAAUGGCCACCGCGAGAUCGUCCAGCCCGGCAGGAUCUUCCUGAAGGAGGGCGUCCUCAACAAGCUGUCCAGGAAAGUCAUGCAGCCCAGAAUGUUCUUCCUGUUUAACGACAGCUUGCUGUACACCACGCCGCUUCAGUCGGGCCAGUACAAGUUCAACAACCUGUUGUCUCUGGCGGGGAUGAAGGUGAGCCGACCCAGCCAAGAGGCCUGCCAGAAUGAGUUCAUCGUGGAGAGCGUGGAGCGCAGCUUCAUUCUCUCGGCCAGUUCGGCGUCGGAGAGAGACGAGUGGCUCCGGGCCAUCUCCGCGGCCAUCGGCGAUCACACCAAGAAAAAGAUCACUUUCAUAUCCGGGAAGUCCUUCGACGAGGUCCAACCGAGCAACGGCGACUCUUUGGGCACCAAAGCUCCCAUUUGGAUCCCGGACCCCCGCGCCACCAUGUGCAUGAUCUGCACCUGCGAAUUCACGCUGACGUGGAGGCGCCACCACUGUCGGGCCUGCGGCAAGGUGGUGUGCCAGUCAUGUUCCUCCAACAAGCGAAGCCUGGAGUACCUGAAGAACCAGUUGGCAAGAGUGUGCGACCAGUGUUACCUGGUCCUGCGGGAGCAGGAGCACCAAAGCCAAGAAGAUCCCUCCGAGGCCGCACUUCCCAAAGCCUCCUUUGCUUUCGCUCGCAAACACAAGCGAAUACCAGCAGCCCUCAAAGAGGUAUCGGCCAACACCGACAACCCCUCCAUGAGUGGCUAUUUGCAGCGGUCCAAGGGGAAAAAGAAGCAAGGCAAGCGCUUGUGGUUCGUCAUCAAAGACAAGGUUCUGUACACCUACGCCGCCAUGGAGGACGUGGCCGCCGUGGAGAGUCAACCGCUUUUGGGCUUGGUUUUAAAAGUCGACUCGUCCCAAAAGUCGCAGUUCAAGCUUUACCACAAAAACACCCUCUACUACAAUUUCAAAGCCGAUGACGUCCAAACAGCCCAAAGGUGGAUCAACACAUUCCGAGAAUCUGCAAUACUGUAGUAGCUGUGGACUGACUGCGUGAUGUUGACAUUUCACCGGUGGGCUGGCCGUUUUUACCUCAGUGCUCCCAGAGGGACACCGCAUCUGUUCUCCUGAGAUAGAAUGAAACCGCUUUUUGCCCUACUUCCUGACAGGACCUUUUCUGGGCAUCGAUUCUUGCUUUGGUAUACAACAGGAGCAUUUAAAAAAAGAUAUAGUAUUUGUGAUUAAAA